AUGGAUGGCGGCAGUCGCAGAAAUAUCGUCCUUUGCUUCACUAUGUUCUGUCUUCGUACUCUUGCUAUCCCGCUGGAAAAGGUGCCCGAAGUCGCUCAACAUGUAAGGAACGAGCCUAGAAAAACAGACUUUGCUAUCUUCCGCCCAAGCGAGGAAUCGUCGAUCGCCUUCCUCUGGUCGUCCAUUGGUAUCGCGACGUUUACUGCGUUCCUCCAAGGCCUUGUCACCACUCUAGCAUCCAUGACAGAAUCAUCGAACUCAUGGACAUUCAGGUUUCGCCUAGCAAAACUAGAACAUUGGUGGUGGACAGUGAUAUCAGUGUUUCUGUUCAUAUCACUAGUUCUCAUCACACUGUCAUUCGCAUCUGGAAACAACAAUGAAGCCAUCUCUAUACUUGUCCUCUCGUCGACAACUCUGUUGGCAAUAGUUCAGUACACUGUGCCGUCAUGGCGCAGUCGUCACUACAUCCGGAACCGGUACUCAGCGUGGGCCGGGCCCAGCCGCACUGCUAUUAAGAGGGAUCAUAUCGCUUAUUGUGGGUCAAAGAGGGACUGGGCAAACCUCUCGAAGAAUGUCAGAGUAUCCGACAGAAAGAGGACUCCGUCCGAUGACUAUGGCUGGCACAUUUGGAGAGUUGAAGGCAUCCGAGAAGACCCAACGGAUAUACUCAACAGCGUGCAUGCGGGAAAAGAGACCAUAUCACGUGAAGGGCGAAACGAACAUAUCUACCAAGAUGGGUACCAGAACUCAGCCACGGUAUCUCUGUUUUGGGGAGAACAACUUGGCUUUGUUCCUAGAGUAUCACGCGCUAUAUCCUCAGUACCCGCCAAUCUCCUGAAGUCGCGGCCGAUCACUGUUGAUGGCUUUGCGGGUGAAGGUCUCUGCUUAGGCAUGGGCAUCCUAGGGAGGAACAAAGGUCUCAACCCCAGAGGUCUAGUUUUCAAGAUGAACGAGCCAAUCUGGAGAAGCCUCGAGAACAAUUCUGCCUUUGCCCCAAGACCUUCAAAAACACUAAGAAGUUACUAUGCCAAACAACUCAAAAGGGUGUAUGGAGGAAUCUCUGACCAGUUCGUCCUAGCGGCCGUAGAGCUUUCUUUAAUUCUCAUGGACGCGGAUAGUCACGCCAUCGCGACUUGGCUCGAAGGCUAUUGCGAGCACCAGGACCUUUACGUCAACCAAAGGCUUCAGCAGCUCGACGCUACUCCAGAAGAGCUCAAAGCACACUACGAGUCCAGCUAUGUCUCGAUGGUUAUUUCUCUGAACAACAUGCGGACUCGGAAUCUAGGCAGACCAGGCCGUGGAAUCGACAGCAAAGAGAAGCCCUGUCGACCUGAUAUCAUCUGCCUUGGCCUCCUUCUUAAGGCCAGAGAGCAACCAGAACCGAAUUGGUGGAGGCAUGAGGACAUUCAGGCGAUUCGGGAAAGCGAAAGGACUCUGCUUAAUGGUGAAUGGUACAACGACGCUGCAAAGCUAUUAGGUCUAUCGUCGUGUCCUCACGGAUUUGAAAAUGGACAAUGGGGUAUUGCUUCGCCUUCUCUAGAUUCAUCAACAGCAUCCACAAGGGAAGUAGAAAUGACUCCAUGA